AAUCUCUGGCGUCAUGAUAAGCUUUGAAGAAGUGCUUCUUCAAAGAGGUUACCAGAAAGGUCUUGAACUUGGAACACUGGCUGAGCAACUUGCACUCGGAGGAAUCAAGUAUGCUGUCUUGAAGAACAUUGGGAGGGGUAAGAGCAACAACUGCAAAAUCAACAAAGAUGUGCUUCUCUCGUCCAAUGGGAACAAUGCAUUUCGCCUGCAACUUUUCUACAGCGCCAUUUGUCGAUUCAUUGAAAGUGCUGCAAUAGAUAUUCAAGCCGUCAACAGAAGUAAGGUGGUUCAGCUCCUGCCUCAGGAGGCAUCUGAUCUCGCUGUGCAUUUGCAAAGCUUUCCGGCGGUUGUGAAGCAAGUGUGUAUGGAGCUAUCCCCUGCAAUCCUGUGCGACUUUCUUCUCAAGGUUGCUGUACUCUAUGAAGAAUUUAGCAGUGUGUCUCACGGUUUCGAAAGCAGGCUAAUCUAUACCGAGGCUACAAGAGUGGUAAUGGCGCAGUGUUUUCAUUUUCUGGGCAUCACGCCAUUGAAGUACCUUCGAUGAUUUCUGGUUUCAGUCUUUUCGGUUUUCUGGAUUUAAGACUAUUGAAUUUUAUGGAGAGCAGCCGACUGUUGAUCAGGAUUAGAGAUGUUCAUCAGUUUUUGUCAUCUACAAUAUUUCUAGCUACUUUUAUGGAUACUUUUGACUGAAAGAACCACCUUCCCUGUGUUAGAUAUCCAACAGUUUGCACAUUUUUAUGUUUCAGGUCUUUUCUUUUGACUGACAUAACCACUUUCUCUUUGUUAACUACUAUCACCAUGCUCAGACCUCUCUCUGUGUUUGAAUGUACUGAUGAAAAUGCUUCUGGCUAUGCUUUUUUUCUAUGUACCACCCCUGCCUUUGGUUUUUAUCCCAGGCAACUGA